GAGCAGCCUGGCCGCCGGGGCCGCGGCGCCGCCAAACUUUCCCCGGAGCCGGCGCCGAAAAAAAAUCAAGAGAUUUUCCAACACUGGGCUCACAUUCCCACUUGGCACCGUUGGCUGGAGCAGAGAGGCAGCUGCCACAUUUUGUCGCAGCAUACAUGUUCCAGGUCUCCACAGACCCCCAGUUCACCAGUUUCCCUCAUCCAAUUGUCUACACCCUGCUGGCUGGCACAGGUAGUACCUGUGAUCCCUGCUCCACCCACUCCUCUGCUUUGAAGUCAGGUUCACAGCUGUCCAUCUGCACACUCCCAACCCUUCUCUUCGGCUGGACUCAGUGCUUGUUGAAUGACUUAAAGGGCUCUGCUGCCAGGAUUUUACUUAAUGAAGGAGCAAGAUGUGGGUAGCGUGGGAAUGACUGAGAGCCCCAUCGGUUACCACUACGGGUCUUUGCACAUGCCGUUCCCUCUGCCUGCAUUGCCCACCGUCUCCCUGCCAGGCUCACUCCCACUCCUUCAGGUCAUGGUUUGGACUAUGCCUCCUCCAAGAAGCAUUCCCCAUGCACAUCUUUCCUGUGUUGGGCAGGAUGUUCCCCAGAUGAGGAAGCUGAGAAACGGGCAUUUUGAUUGAUACGUGUGACAGUCCCAGUUGGCAGCCAUCCCCCUGCUUCCUGGCUAGCAGAGCCCUCAUUUUGUUCAGGCAGUGAGUCAUACCUGGAGGCUGCUCUUGUGCCAAUGACCCUUCCCAAUUCCUCCUACGUCUUAGAAGACAAGAUGUGUGAGACGAACAAGACCACCUUGGCCAGCCCCCAGCUGACACCCCUGGCGGUGGUCCUGAGCACUAUCUCCUUGGUCACAGUGGGGCUCAACCUGCUGGUGCUGUAUGCUGUGUGGCGGGAGCGCAAGCUGCACACUGUGGGGAACCUGUACAUCAUCAGCCUCUCGGUGGCAGACCUGAUCGUGGGGGCUGUGGUCAUGCCCAUGAACAUCCUCUACCUCCUCAUGGCCAAGUGGUCCUUGGGCCAGCCUCUUUGCCUCUUUUGGCUUUCCAUGGAUUAUGUGGCCAGCACAGCGUCCAUUUUCAGUGUCUUCAUCUUGUGCAUUGACCGCUACCGCUCUGUCCAGCAGCCCCUCAGGUACCUGAAGUAUCGUACCAAGACCCGAGCAUCAGUCACCAUCUUGGGGGCCUGGUUUCUCUCCUUUCUGUGGAUUAUUCCCAUUCUAGGCUGGCACCACUUCAUACCACAGACCUCGGGGCACCGGGAGGGCAAGUGCGAGACAGACUUCUACGAUGUCACCUGGUUCAAGGUUAUGACUGCCAUCAUCAACUUCUACCUUCCCACCGUUCUCAUGCUCUGGUUCUAUGCUAGGAUCUACAAGGCUGUACGGCAACACUGCCAGCACCGGCAGCUCAUGAAUGGAUCCCUCCCUUCCUUCUCAGAAAUUAAGCGGAGGCCAGAGAAUCCCAAGGCAGAUGCCAAGAAACCAGGGAAGGGGUCUCCCUGGGAGGUCCUGAAAAGGAAGCCAAAAGAUGCUGCUGGUGGACCUGUCCUGAAGCCACCAUCCCAAGACUCCCAGGAGAUGAAACCCCCAGUUUUCUUCAUCCAAGAGGAGGAUGAAGAAGUGGCCAAACUCCACCGCUUCCCACUUGAUAUUGUGCAGGUGCGGACUGUGGUGGAGGGGAGUAGCAGGGGCUACGAAGGCGUUGACCAGAGCCAGAGCCAUCUCAAGACCGAUGAGCAGAGUCUGCACAUGCGAGGGGACAGUAAGGUAGCAGAGGAUCAGAUACUAGAGGAUAGCCAGUCCUUCUCCCGGACAGACUCGGACAAUGCCACAGAGCCAGCACCAGACAAAGGCAAAAUGAGAAGCGGGUCUAACACAGGCCUGGAUUACAUCAAGUUCACUUGGAAGAGGCUGCGCUCACAUUCGAGACAGUACAUGUCUGGGUUGCACAUGAACCGUGAAUGGAAGGCUGCCAAACAAUUGGGUUUUAUCAUGGCAGCCUUCAUCCUUUGCUGGAUUCCUUACUUCAUUUUCUUCAUGGUCAGUGCCUUCUGCAAGAGCUGUUGCCAUGAGCGUGUGCACAUGUUCACUAUCUGGCUGGGCUACAUCAACUCCACGCUGAACCCCCUCAUCUACCCCUUGUGCAACGAGAACUUCAAGAAGACAUUCAGGAAAAUUCUGCACAUUCGCCCCUAAGAGAGCCUCCGAGGGAUGCAGCAGAGCGACACUUAUGAGGUCCGAGAGGGAAAUGGAGGGUGAAGGCCUGCAUGUUGCCAGGCACCUGGGCUUGCUGGAGUCAAAACCACAGUCUCAUGGGCUGCAUAGUGUGGAAAGUUCGUAGGCACCAUUGGAAGAACAGCAGAUGGUCAGCAGAGAGAUUGAACUGUGAGUAGAAAACAGAAUAUUUGCAAGAGAAGCAGACCCAGGUGGAGCUCUACUGCCCCCCUGGAAAUGUGGGAACCUUAAGACUCUUGUAAUUCAAGCUUUCAGACUCAAAUUGAAGGGACGGAGUUCCACUGGAGAAUUAAAUAGAACUCUUGAGCCUUCCUGGAAUGGAGCUGUAUGAUUGUGCUGAGACCUUAUACAUGCAGAUAGAUGCUGCCCCUUCCAGGGGUCACCUUGAGAGACAUGACACUAUUCCACUGUGGCUGCCACUUCUCAGAACACCUCUCUUCUGAGUGUCUUUUGCAGCUUUCUCUGGGACUAGUGUCUGAACCACCUUGAAAAUCCUGUCUUAUUAUUUGUCACUCAUGCAUGUUUUAGAGUUGAUAGGAAAUUAUGCAGUUUGCACAUCCAUCAUUCUCAACCCCAAAUUCCUUUCGGCUGUUAAAAAUUGGUGGCAAAACAUCCCUCAAAAUAAAGAGAAAAGAAAUAUUUUUGAAUGGCAGCGUGUACACAUUUUAAAAAGGAUAGAGGAGAAAGAAAGUCAUAUUUUUUUGAGGGUAGUACCAGGUUUAUCUCAUUUAAGCCCCAUGACAUCCCACAAUGGGAGGAUGGUGUUACUGGCUCCAGUUUGCAGAGGAGCAAACUGAGGUGAAGCAGGGUGAAAUGAAGUAUCCAAGGUCACACAGCUAGUUAUGAGAGAAAGUUAGAAUGAAAACCUUGUGGGGUUAUAGCUCAUUGUAACAUAUUUUCUCCAAAAGACAAAAAUGUGUCCUAUUAAGUGUGCACACAAACGUGCACGUACACACACACACACACACACACACACACACACACACACACACACUAUUCCCGAGAGUGUUGGCAGCUCUCAAAGUAAUAUGUUGAGCAGAAGAACAGCUGACAUGGAACACAUCUGUGAUGAUAGAAGGUGACCCUUUGAAGGGACAGUGUGCAUUUUUAUCCGUGAGUUCUCUUGUUUGUCAAAAAGUCAUCUUGUUCUUAUAAAGUUAUACCUGUUAAGUAAAAACUAGCAAAAGCAUAGGAACAUACAAUUUUACUUGGUGUUUAUGUUGCAAUCUGGUUGUGAUUUAUACUUUAAAACUCAAUGCUAAACUAUAAUAUGUGUAGCAAAUGGGAGUGCCUGUACCAGCUGAUAUUUUGUCUCUUUGCAUGAUCUGUUAAAAUGAGGUAUUUUUGCCUACCUAAAAUAUGAUGUAAAAAACCACACCAUUAUGUGAUUUAUUUAUUUCUACCUUUCCAAGUCUCUUGGAUUGAGAAAAUGUGUUGAAAUGUAUUGUCAAAUGUUACAAAAUUUAACAUAGGGUUUCUCUUCAGUUUGUGGUCACAUUUGUGAAUGGUCUUUAGA